AUGGUAGACUUCAUCGUCGUUAAUGUGCCAUCAGUAUACAACGUCAUUCUGGAUAGACCUUCUCUCAAUACAAUGAGGGCAGUCGGCUCCACCUAUCAUCUGAUGAUGAAGUUCCCAGCCGAGGGUGGGGUAGGCUACCUCCGAGGCAAUCAACGCGAAACUAGGAGAUGCUACGCGAUAGUAGUAAAGAAAGGAUCUGUGAAGCAAGUACUCAUUAUCACUGUCCUAGAUCCUAAAGGACCUACAGAGGACUCAUUUGUGGAAGACCUGGAGAAAAUACUGCUCAAUGAAGUAGACUUGAGUAAGACUGUUCAGCUCAGAACGUUGAAUGUAGACCCGGAUCACAAACCCGUGAAACAGAAGAGGAGACCAUUCGAUGGCGAACUGUAUGAGGCCAUAGCCGACGAAGUCUCCAUUCUUCUCGACGCUGGCUUCAUAGAAGAGAUAUACUAUCCCGAGUGGAUUGCAAACACGGUCCUUGUCAAGAAAGCCAAUGAGAAAGGGCGAGUCUGUGUGGAUCUGAAUAAGGCGUGGCUGAAGGAUAACUUCCCGUUGCCUCGGAUUGAUCAGUUGGUGGACAGCAUAGCGGGGCAUGAACUACUCUCCUUCAUGGAAGCUUAUUCCGGGUAUAAUUAG